CAACUGGCAUCUCUGGCUGACGACAGAGGCGAGUUGAGUUUGGAAGAGCGUAAAGACUUUUUUCGGACAGGUUUUAUAUCAGCCAUCAUCGCGCGGUCAUUGGUUGUCGCUAGAAUCGGCUAACAAAACUAUGGAACCAUGAGCCAUUGGUAGAAAAUAUCGUUAUUUCCUGUGCCGUGCUUGGACACUACUCGGAAGUAGGUUUCCGAAUUGUCGGAACUCGGUUUGUGGUUAGUAAUUCUAGUGGAAAAGUGCUGGCUGUGAAUAUUUUUCUAAAGAGAAAAAAGGCUUGGAGGCGUAGAAAACAGCAAACGGAGGGAAUAAUAAGAAGCUGAAGUUUUGGUGAUGAAAUUACAGGAAGAAGCAAGAAAAGAAGUUCAGUUGUAUAAAAGCCAAAAUAGUUAAGUAAAAUUUGCAUUCUUCUGAAGGUGUAAACUGGCUAUUAAAGAUCAGUUCUUUUGAUCUCUGGAAUUUGCUGAGUUGAGUGAAGGUGUAAAAACUCGAGAUACAAGAAAACGGGAGCAGUGUUAUUUCCUAGUAGAAUUUCGAGCUCCCGUGGAUGGAAAAUAGCAGAGUAUUAUCUCUAGCGGACGUAACAAAAGUCAGAAUGAGUUCUAACAAUACAACUAGUAGCAGCACCACCAGUAGCAGUAGUGGCGGAGGAACAAACAGCAUCGAGGCUGAAUACAACGAUAUAGAAUCCCGUAAAGCUUGGUGUUCUGUUUUCCAGGAAAUCCGCGAAAAGAGUGAACAGGAAGCACGGCAGAAGGUUUUUUCCACCGAUGAGUCAAAAAAGUUAGACAACCGACGACUGAACCGGUACCGCGAUGUGUCCCCCUACGACCAUUCCCGGAUUGUGCUGAAACGAGGCGAAACAGAUUACAUCAAUGCCAAUUUGGUUAAGAUGGAUCGUGCUGAUCGGAAGUAUAUCCUCUGCCAAGGACCACUUCCGCUAACCGUGGGCCACUUUUGGCUAAUGGUGUGGGAGUAUAACUCACGAGCGAUCCUGAUGCUGAACAAGCUGAUCGAGAAAAAACAGAUCAAAUGUCAUCUCUACUGGCCGGAAAAGAUGGGUGAAGAGCACAAACUGGAACUGCCGGAAGUGCAGCUGGCCGUCGAGUACUUGAAAUGUGUUGAGUACAAGAAUUUUUGCAAACGUACUUUCCGGCUAACAGACUUGGAAUCGAGUAAAACUCGUGAAGUGGUACAAUUUCAUUAUACAACAUGGCCUGAUUUUGGCAUUCCUAGUUCACCAGUUGCAUUUUUACAAUUUCUAAAAGAGGUUCGUGAUUCAGGAACACUCGAUAAAGAUGUUGGUCCUCCAAUAAUUCACUGCAGUGCGGGUAUCGGCCGGUCCGGUACGUUCUGUCUGGUGGACUGUUGUCUGGUGUUGAUCGAUAAAGAAGGCGAAAAUAAAGUUUCAGUUCAGGAUGUGCUGUUGGAGCUGCGACAAUUUCGUAUGGGACUGAUUCAAACUGUGGAUCAACUAUAUUUUUCAUAUCAAGCUAUUAUUGAAGGCAUGAAACGAAUGAAUAAUUCUUCCUUAGAAGACUUCGAAGAGCUGUCUGUGGUGGUGGCUAGUAGCCAACCGACAUCAGAUCAGGAUACAGAAAACGACGAUACUCCACCGCCUCUACCACCGCCUCGAUCACACUCGCUCACAAUCACCCAAAAGCCGCUGCCAUUGAUCCCGAACAGCGAGAGCGUACACGAAGAUUUUAUCACCUGUCAAGAGCGAGAUAUGGUAAAUAAUCUAAUGAACUUGGAAAAAAGCAAGCAAUACGAGAUUAGUAAAAACCGACCUCUGCCGCCGUUACCGAAGGAGAGUCCCUUGGACAAAGUACAUGAAGCGAAGAGUUCCGAUGAUAGCGGUGCCUCCGGCAGCAGCAGCGAGCCGGAUGAACUUAUCGACGAAAUCGAUAGCGAGGAAGAAACCGACGAAGAGAACAAUAGUGAUAACAUUGAAAGUUCGGUGUUGGACGAAACCACGAUAACUAGCUCUUCGACGAUGACAACAACGACGACAAGCGCGACGGCCACUGGCGCGAGUAGUAACACAUCCACACUAGAGUCGAAUCGAGGAGAAGUCGGAAAGUCCUUUGACGCGACCGCAACAUUACCACCAGUGCCGAACGGUCUGGAUGGUAACAGUGCAGGCGAAGAGGGUGUUUCUAGCCCGGAAAGGGAACUGUCACCAAAUGCGGAAUUGCGUCGCCGGAAGCGCCUCGAGCGUCAAACAGCCAUGGAGGAGAAGAUUCGCGAAAUCAAACGAAAACAGAAAGAGGUGGAGAGUAAGGCGUCCCCGAAAAAACGCAGGUCAUUAAUCCUUACCAUCGCGGCCGGUGUCUGUAUCGGUGUGCUUUGUGUGUAUCUGUACACUCGAAAUUUGUAAUCACACCGAAUGCAGACCAGGCGUCAUAUUGCGUCUUUUGGCAGUUUCUUUUGCGCUAUCAUUAACAUCCGCUAUUGUGGGCUCAGCUUCCUACCUCCUUAAUUCCUUUAUUGAUCUGUGAAAGUUUGACCUUUGCUGUUCAAUCGAGUGAGCAAGGUACUGUAGAGUGGAAGUUCAGAACCAAUUCAGCGAACUAUUGUUUCGUCGUCGAUUAGAAACAGCAAGUAUAUACAACGGUGUUUUUAAUCUUAUCAAUCAUCAACUAAGAUAUAGUGAACGAAUAAUCGUAUAAACAAAGGGGUUGAUGUUUUGAAGCGGAACACAGUGACGAAAUUUUGUUAUUUAAAAAGUAGCGCAAGUAGACAGUUCAGAAAACGCCAUCUGUUCCAGUUUAUUUUGUUAGUUUUUUUUCGAAUUUUUAUUCAUUCCAAGAGCACUUCUUGCAGGAAACCAGAACGCAGUUACAGUGUAGAAAGUAAUGAACAUAUAUCUAUCGUCGACAAUGUUCCAUCAUUCUUACAAACUCAUUAAUCAUCCAAAAAAUAAAACCACGGGACUGAUUGGAACGCAGGAUAACCUGGGACGCUUGUGCGCACAGGUGUCCCUUAUAGUGGAACUUUUGGGCUUUAGCAUUAGGUUUAGAAACAAUUCGUGCUUUACCUUAUCAAGCUUUUGUAAUUACCUAUUAUAUGUAUACUAUUUGGUUACCUAUCUACACAGAACGCGCCCAAGCUUGAAAGCAGCGUACUGGAGAUAUACUUUGCUACGCAUGAUGCAGAUUAGAGAGUAUUUUUAAAUUUUACCAGGCUAAGAUAACAAUUAUUUAUACGCGUUGGAAAAAGUUCUUUCAUGAAUAAUUUGGAGCGAAUGGUUAAAAAUUUUCGACAGAUGUGGAAUUUUUAACCAUCGUGUUCAUGUCGGUAUCACAAUCUUAGUUUUUCUGCUUUUUUUAAAGAUGAUAAAUUCUACACCCGCGUAUCGCUGAAUUAAACGAUUUUCAAUACAUUUUAAUUUUGUGGGGUGAUUUCAUUUUACGCAAAAAAGGAACAUCGCAUUCAACACGAUUCGGCUGACGUACAGAUGCAAGAAAUACUGGAAUAAAUGUGAUAGGCUACGUUUCGAAGUGGUAGAACUAAGACAGUAAAGCCAUCCAGCUUAAGUAACCUUGAGAAGAUUUGUGAUUACCGAACCUAUGUUUAACAGCAACAUCUCUUUCCGGUACCACAUGUAAGAGAACAACCGCGGAACAGAAUGAGUUGUCCGGCACAAGACAGGGAAGAGAGCUCUGCACUUUAUUUUAUAAAACUGUUGAAGUUUUAAAUUCCAGUUCAGGUAGUUUUUGUGGAGGAGAGGAAGUAUGAACAGAAAAACAGUAGAAAUACUGUGCAAGAAAAGAAGCUAGAGUUGUAUAUCCGAGUUACGAGAACAUCGUCCAUGUUUUAGAGAUAGAGAUUUACAUUUUUCUACCAAUGGAAUAUUUGAUUAUUUUCAAAACAAAAAAAGUGUGAAUAAUAGAACACAGCAUUGUGAAAAAUAUAAAUAUUUCACUAUUAUUUUUUCUAUCAAAGAUGAGCGUAGUUUAUCGUAUUAGAUCGUUUUGUAACGAAACAUGAACGAACUUUAUUCAGUGAACAUACAGCUGCAGAGUAGGGAAGCUAAGAUGAAUAGAAUAACUUCAAUGCUGCACUAUAUAUUAAUAAACACAUUGUAUAGAUGACUGUUUUAGAGAAAUUAUAAAAAAAUUAAAGAUAAAGAUGCAAUUGGUAAAACAAAAUUA